AAUCAUUUAUAUCGUAAAAAUAAAGUUAACGAUGGCCCACCACUACGAGUAAUUCAAGAUGAUGAAUUAGAAGAGAUACUAUAUGGGAUUUAUUCUGAUAUGAUGGCUGAAUAUUUUGGCAUAAAAUCAAUCUACAAUAGG